AUGGCAAUACUGAAGCAGUGUCUAACUCAAGAUAUUCGAGAUGGCCUCGGAGAUUCGUUGAGCAGUCCAGCUUUGUAUGAUAAAGCUCUUCGGGAACUAGAAGCGACCUACGGCCACCCGCAACUGGUCUCAAGAUCUUACAUUCAAUCACUCAUCAAUCUUCCGAGAUUGAAUAUGAACGACUACAAAUCAUUGUUGAAAGCCUCGCAAAACAUCAACGGGUCCGUUGCGUCACUCAAGAGCGGCGGAUACGAAAAAGAACUUUAUUCCGUGACACUCAUGGAGCUAGUUCACUCGAAGAUGCCCCCUGACAUCCAAAGCAGGUGGGGGAAAAAGAUUAGUAAGAAUCAUCCUCGGUGUCUAAAUCUGCAAGAUUUUGCUGACUGGCUUCACACGGUAGUAAAAGGUGAGAUGAUGGCCAAGCACUGUCAAUUAAAGAUUGAAAAAGACCAGCAACAACAAAAGCAAAAAAUGGGCCGGCAAAAAGAUCCAGGCGUUCGGUUCCCCCCCAAGAUAAACACCAUUCUUCCGCCUCAGCAACAAGGCAACAAAGAAGGCAAAGCAAAAGAAAAAGAUCAAGCAGAGAACCAUCCGAAAAAGUUAAUCUGCCUUCUCUGCAAAGAAGAUCAUCGGCUCGCCCAGUGUCCAAAGUUCAGCGCAAAAUCUCUAGAAGAGAGAGCGCAGUUCAUCAAAAGUUCCGGUUGUUGCAUUAAAUGCUUAAGCAAAGGUCACAUGCUCAAAGAGUGCACAAGCAAGAAAAAAUGUGAAGUCAAAGAUUGUGAACUUCGCCAUCACACUUUGUUGCAUGGUGCACCACGCAUUUCUUGGAAAAAUCCAGAAUCGGAAAAAGCUCCACCUCAAACGGAGAAACCCCCUCUUCACAAAAAAGAAGAAAAGAAAUUAGUAGCCACUCACUUCGUAGAUGGAGCUCAAAUAAUUACUUUAUUGCAAGUAGUGCCCGUGACGGUCGAACACAACGGAAAUAAAUUCGACACCUUCACUCUCCUAGAUCCUGGAAGUGAAGCUUCCCUCAUUCUUCAAGAUUUAUCCGCUCAUCUGAAAAUUGAUGGGCCGACUGAAAUCGCUCGACUUGGAACCUUCCACGGCGUCGAUCCAGAAAUCAAAACAACCAGAGUCAACUUCAAUAUUUUUCCUCGAGAUCAGAGUCGUGCCUUCGCUGUGAAAAAUGCAUACUCUGUCCCGAAGUUGGAAGUGACGAGCCGGAAAAUCAAUUGGCCAGCUCUUAAACACCAGUGGAAACAUUUGAAUGACUUGGACUUCCCUCUCAUCGACUCCAACAAGGUAUCUGUGCUUCUUGGACGUGACGUCAUGAGAGUCCACGACGUGUUGGACGUCCGGAUGCCUCCGGACGGAAUAGAAGCUCCUGACGGAAUACGUACCCAUUUUGGUUGGUGUCUAACAGGCCCAGUUCCAACCACAAUGCUGCAAAUACAAGACACGUCGCCUUCAAAAAUUCUUCAUGUUUAUAAACAUUCUGUGUUUCAAAAAUUAGAAGAUGCUGUCACGCAGUUCUGGCUCACGGAAUCCUUCGGUGUCAACUCUCCCGCACACCCGCCAAUGAGCAACGAAGACAAGAAAGCCCUCAGCAUCUUAAACAAAACAAUUCGCCAUACCGGCGAGCGGUAUGAGGUGGCGCUCAUGCUGCGAAAUGAAAAACCAAAUUUACCCAACAAUCGAGAAGUGGCGCUUCGGCAUCUUCAUUCGCUGGAGCGACGUUUUGAAAAAGAUCCAACAUUCGCGAAAAGCUACGCUCGAGUUGUCGAAGAAUACAUCUCUCUUGGCCACGCCAUCCCGGCACCAUCGAAUCCUGUUCCAAACGGCCAAGAAUGGAUCCUGCCGCAUCACGGUGUACAAACGUCCGCGAAACCUGGCAAAGUUCGCGUGGUUUUUAAUCCCUCCGCACAACACCGCGGUACUUCCCUGAACGACCAAUUAUUCAAAGGCCCGGAUCUUUUAACUGGUCUAAUAGGAGUUAUCUUGCGUUUUCGGAUGCUGCCGGUACCAAUCUCAGGUGACAUAGAAAAAAUGUAUCACCAAGUUCAAGUGCCUAAACACCAGCAGUCGCUACUCAAAUUCUUAUGGAGGACGCCCGGCAGCAAAGAUCCACCGACAACUUUUCAAAUGGCGGUCCACAUUUUUGGCGCAGUCUCCUCUCCUACUACAUGCAUUUUUGCGCUCCGACGUACGGCCGAAGAUUUUGGCCACCUCUACCCCAACGUCGCAAACAAGGUAUUAAACAACAUCUACGUCGACAAUUAUUUGGACUGUACCGAAACCGAAGAAGAGGCCAUCACACUCCGCCAGGACGUAUCCGCGUUGCUGAAACUGGGCGGAUUCAAUAUGGUUCAAUGGCUGUCUUCAUCACGGUCCGUGUUGGCCACCGUCGACAAAAAUGAUUUAUCGCGCUCCUUGGAUUUGGACGCUGACCGACUUCCGAUCGAGCGCACGCUUGGAAUGUUAUGGGAUUGUCAAGCUGAUAUAUUUAUUUUCAAAACUUCCACUAGGACCGACAUCAAGACAAAACGAGAAGUUUUGCAAGAAAUUUCCUCGAUUUAUGAUCCAAUGGGUUUCCUUUCCCCGGUGAUAAUGGUCGCGAAAAUUCUUAUGCAAGAUGUUUGGCGCGCCGGAAUCGACUGGGACGACGCGCUGCCGCCGAAUCUGCUAGCUGUCUGGAAGGCGUGGGCAUCGGAGCUCGAAUUUAUCGCAAAAUUGAAGAUACCCCGCUGUUUUCGAAAACACUCGAAGCCGCUGGAAUACGAGCUACACGUAUUCACCGACGCCUCAGAAGCUGGUUUUGGUGCGUGCGUCUAUAUACGCGCGAAAUACGGCGAAGAGAAUUUUUCUUUAAAUUUAAUUCUUGCAAAGGCUCGAGUCGCUCCUCUGCGUCAAUUAUCCAUCCCUCGCUUGGAGUUGCAAGGAGCCGUCCUCGGCGCCAGAUUAUGUGCCAGCGCCGUAAAAGAGCUCGGACCAAUCGCUUCCAACGUGACCUACUGGUGCGACUCUCAGACUGUCCUCCAGUGGAUUCAUUCGACAAGGUGCAAAUAUCACGCAUUUGUCGCCCAUCGCAUCACAGAGAUCGCCGACACCAGCAAAGCAAGUCAAUGGCGUCAUGUGCCCGGCAAUCUCAAUCCAGCCGAUGACUGUUCAAGAGGAAUUCCGGCAAUCCACCUGACGACUCAGCACCGCUGGUUGCGCGGACCCGAUUUUCUCAAAAUGCCGGAAGCGAAUUGGCCGUCGCCCAUCAUCAUCGAUGAGCCGUCCCACGACGAUGUGGAAGUGGUGCCUGAAAAAUAUGUGGGCUCGCUGCGCGUCAAAAAACCUCAUCCAAUUUACACUCUCAUUCAAAAUUCAUCCAAAAUCAUCACCAUCAAAAGAAUCGUAGCGUGGCUGCUCCGGUUCCUGACUAACUUCAAUUUAUCUAUCAAAAAACUUCCGCGAGUAGGGCAACAAUGGCUCAUUCCGGCGGAUAUUCGUGAAGCGGCCGAUGUGAUCAUCAAGGUGGACCAGGCUCAUCAUUUUCAAAUCGAGCUCGACUACAUCCGGAAAGGUAAACCAGUGCCUGCAACGUCCAAACUAGCGUCCCUCAAUCCGACUUUAGACACGCGCGGAAUUAUGCGCGUUGGCGGAAGGCUUCAACAUGCGUCCAUUCCGGAAUUCGCCAAGCAUCCUAUCAUCCUGGAUCCCAUCAGUCAACUCGCCACCAUGCUGAUCCGGGAGGUACAUGAGCGGCUGGACCACGCUUCAACCGAAUUCACGCUGCACGAUUUACGCCUGCAAUAUCACGUUCUACGGCCUCGCGCAUCCAUCCGGCGUAUUAUCCGCGAUUGCUUCGAGUGCAAAUUGCGCAACAGCAAACCGGAUCCUCCAUUGAUGGGUCCGCUUCCCGCUAGCCGUCUUCAAUCUCAUUUGCCGGCAUUUUCCAACGUCGGAAUUGAUUUCUUCGGUCCGUUUUUCUUAACCAUAUUUCGCCGCAAGGUGAAACGCUAUGGCGUCAUUUUCACUUGCCUUGACUGCCGUGCAGUUCACCUGGACGUUACCCACUCGAUGGAUCUGGAUUCCUUCAUGAUGGCAUUCACCCGAUUCGUCGAUCUACGAGGUCUGCCACGGAUCUGCUACAGCGACAACGGCACGAAUCUAGUCGCCGGAGAGCAAGAAAUCUCGGACGCACUCGCCGGUUGGAAUCGGGAAAUAUUGGCCAACAAAAUGGCCAAUCAGGACGUCGAAUGGCGCUUUAGCCCGCCUGCUUCCCCACACUUCGGCGGCAGCUGGGAGCGUCUCAUUCAAUCAGCCAAACGCGCACUUCGUAGCGUGCUCAACGAGCGCACGCUCAACGACGAAGUCCUGCUCACCGCGAUGUCUGGCGUCUCCGCGCUCCUAAACGCCAGACCAUUGACGCAUGUCAGCGUCGAUCCGCACGAUCCGCAGCCCCUCACGCCCAAUCAUUUCCUGACGGGACGGCCCAAUCCGGGUUUUCAUAUCGACGACGCAGAAGAAUUUGGUGGUCUAACCAAAAGGCGCUGGUUAGAAUCGCAGGCUCUCAUCACCCACUUUUGGAAUAGGUGGCUGAAAGAGUACGUCCCUGACUUAAUCGAACGACGCAAGUGGCUGCGCCCGCGAAGAAAUUUGGCCGUCGACGACAUUGUAAUCGUCGUCAUGCCGAACGUGAAGCGGGGAGAAUGGCCCAUAGGCCGCAUCACUCGCGUUAUCCAUGGUCAAGACGGCGUCGUGCGAUCGGCAGAGGUGAAAGUCAUCCGAGUGGCAACCGGAAGAAAAGGCCGACAGGAUCCCUCCAAUCCACCUACUAAAACGUCCAGUUUUGUGCGGUCCGCACACAAACUGUGUCUAUUAGAAGCUGACGAAGAAGAAGAUGUUUUCAGUGAUGGAAACAGGGCCGGCUGUGUGGCGGACGACGCCAAAUAA